AUGAACGCCUUCGCACAAUCUGACAUCUCGAGGGGCAUUGGCAUUGGCAAUGCGGCACCCACCGACGAAACCGCCAAGCGCUGGCCUUCCCGCAUAAGCUACGCCACUCAAGCUCAGCGCACCAAGCGAGACGCGCGUAUCAAGCAGUAUCGUGAUUACAUCGAAGAGCGCAACAACUGCAAGAAUGAGAUCGAUCGUGUCGUCGCGAAUAUCUACACCAUGUUGCCACCCGAACUCGUCCUUGUUCUUUUCGACCACCUGGUUCGCGCCUGCGAGUGGCCACUACGCGGUCAAGACCCUCGAGCUGUACUCGGCCCUCCGUCCAUCCAGAUGCCGACGGAACAAAGCCUCGAAAACGCAAUCGAGUCGGUGUUCGCCAUGCUUCCUUUCGUGAGGGAGUUUUCCGACACACCUGCGCCAGGCUUCACGGUCAAGUCUGGCCUAUCAAGCAAGUUCUUCAGCAGUGCUGCAAAGAAAGCUCUCCUCACCCAACACGCUCUCAGCUUUCCAGCGAUCUACCCGUCAGCCACCGAACCCGCCACACGCCCAUACCCGCCCUUCCUCGCCGACAAGCGCGAUCUAAUUCGUCACCUCAAUCUCCUCAUCGACCUCGACACCAUCCACUACCCACUUCCGCUGUACCUAGCGCAGGACAGCAUCCAUCGCCUGAAGGAAUGGUUCCCACAAGCCAGAAGUGUCGUCAUAAAAAUCAUCGUCUCCAGCUACGAUCGCGCCUACCACAAGCGUGGAAAGGCCAACGAGGUCACCAAUAUCGGUGACGAGGGCAGAAAGUUGGUCAAGGAGCUGCAGAAGGUGAGGGUGAAGAAGAUGUAUCUAAUGAUUAAUACAGUCGGCCACGGGACCGGUUCGAUGCUGGAAAAAGGAUCGAUCUGGGCCGAUCAAGUGGUGCCGUCGUCAGACCCCGAGGUCUGGUUCAAACUACUUCGAGGUGCUAUCGUCGAGGUCGUUGAGGGUGGUAUUGCUACUUAG